ACGGUUAUAUCAUCGUCCUCUCAUAAUACACGCAAUGCAUUUUUAUUUUUUAUUUUUUAUUUUCUAUUUUUUUGCUUGUUCAAGUCGACUCCAACUUUAAGCGUUAGUACUUAGUAGUGUAAAACAGUAGGAGAGGAGAGAGAAACUCAAUUCAACUCUGAAAACUUUGAGAGCGAAAUACAGGUGACGUUGGCGUGCUUGGGUUGCUUAGGGUUUCGAUUUUUACUCCGAUUUCUUCAUGAAAUUGAAACCCUAAGUUUAAUCUCAUCAUGGAUUACUCUAAUUCUGCCCAAUUUGAUAUCUUUCAUAUCUACCGGCAAUUCUGCGAUAUCAGAUCAGGAAACGUAUAUUCUUGCACUGAAGCGAGCAACAUGUUAGAUAAUGAUUUAGAAAAGGCCAAGAAUAUACGGGAGGCAACAUUCCAUCUCUCAAAAAUGGUGGAAUCAAGCAUGAUUAUGAGCUGUUCGAUUUUGGCUGAAUUAUACAAGCUCAUGUCCCGUUUAAAUAUAAUGGGGGAUUUUUCAGAAUUUUCUAAUUUCUAUGAUUUUGUAUUCUUCAUGUGUCGUGAAAGUGGUCAAAAGAACAUCACUGUAAGAAGGGCAAUAGAUGCAUGGAAGUUAGUCCUUUCUGGAAGAUUUAGGCUACUUGAUCAGUGGUGUGACUUUGUUGAGAAGAACCAGAAGCACAAUCUCUCUGAAGAUACCUGGCGUCAAGUUUUGGCUUUCAGCCGGUGUGUACAUGAAGAUCUGGAAGGGUAUGAUCCUGAAGGUGCUUGGCCUACAUUGAUCGAUGACUUUGUUGAGCACAUGUACAGAAUUACUGGAUCCAAUAACCACACCCGUCACAACAUCACCUGUGAUUGUGAUGAUCCUGAGGGCAAAUCAUCCAUGUUCGAAGAGCCUCUUCCAGGAUUAAAGAACUUGCCUGGUUUGAAGAGGAAAUUCCGGCUGGACUUAAUGGAAACUGAUUUGGAUAUCAACUCCCUACCUGCAAAAAUGAAAAAUGCCAAUAUAAGCUGCAAGCGAAGGAAGCAGCCGCAGCCGCAGCAGCACCAGAGAUGUGGAGACCAUCCGACUGCAAAUGGCUUAGAUGAAGGGUUGCACACUGCUACAGUUAAUCCAUUGAGUUCGUCAAAAUUUCUUCACACAGCUGAAGGCCGACUUUCAAAGGGCUUCUCUGCUCUUUUUUCAUCUCCUGUGCAGAAUCAGUAGCAGAGGGUAUCAUAUACUUGAAGUACAUAGUCAUGAUAGAGGGAUGCCUUCAUAUUUUUGUCAUAUUCAUAUUAACGAAACUAGUGGCACUGGUACUGGCUAUAGGUUUGUCUAUGAGUUUUCUGGGAUAGAAUUUAUUACCUUCACAAUAGGCAAAAUACUGAAAUCUCUUAGUUUGCAUUGUGGAUAGUUCUAUCUUUUCUAAAUUUCAAUUGGUGAACUUAUGCAAUUGGUGAAGGCCAGUGAUAGCUCCCUGUUACUAGCAAGUCCCUCAGUUCCUCCCCAAUGAUGAUCAAAUCUGUGGAGACAUGGCCUGGUGAAGUAAUUGCAAUACCCUGCCUGCUGUAUGUUUUUAUCAGAAUUAUACAUUAUACUACAUCUCUUACAUAUUAUUCGCCUCAAUGUUAUGAUGGCAUGGAAAUUCUUGAGCUCAUAUUCAUCAUUGAAGAUUCACAUGUGGUGUCAAUGCAAGCUAGAAAAUAGAGGUCCCUGAAGCACGAAGACUGCCUGCUUGCUCGCCGGCAAUUGGUCUUCUGCACUGCUGACAAUACCCUUGUGUAUUUUUCUUUCUUGUUAUUAGGUUUGAGUCAAAAAGUUGUUAUAUUGUUCAGUCUUACAGUUAAGACUGGAGUGAUAUUUUAGUAAAAUUUUUGGUGAUGAUAGUGAGUUUUUAGGAAAAAAGUUGUUAUAUUGUUCAAUAUGUUUUUUUUUUUUUUUUUUUUUUUUUUUUUUUUUUUUUUUUUAAUCUCAAAGGAUAAAACUAGGUGAGUAAUCACCCUUUUGUAUUAGUAUUAUUGCUUGUACAUUAAUUUUAGAGUUUUGCCUGAGGUAGUCCUUGAAAUUCACUGCAGGCUGCAUCA